AUGGGCAUGGGCAUGGGCAUGGGCAUGGGCAUGAAUGGGAAUGGAUGGGAAUGGAUGGGCAAGGAUGGGCGAUGGGCAUGGGCGGGAUGCAUCCUGAGCCUUCCUCCUGCUGCCCCCGAACGUGUCGGCCCGUUCGCUUUAUGUACUUGCACCUCCGGACAGCUGGACUGCCAGACUCUUGAUCUUCUGUGCUCAGAAGCGCACGAGGCCGGGAAACGCCGGGGAAUAGGCAAAUAA